AUGCCAACCAAAGGUGCCAUACAACUGGAAAAUCAGGAAAAGACUCUUGCUUAUUUCGUGACAACUACGGUGUAUCGAUUUAUUGAGCAUACAAACAAAAAGAUUGGAAACUCUAAAGUGCAUUUGACCGAUGUGAGAAAAUAUAAAAAUGAUGGAUCGCCUGAUUUGAUAGAUAAGAACCCGGAGUUUUACAGAAUGGUCUGUACGAAAAUAAUGGAAGAGGAUUUUGUUGAAGUGUCUAAAGAGGUGGACGAAAUGACAAAAGAAGAGAUUAUUAUUUUGAAAGUGAAAUAUCCAUGGAAAUCAGAAGAAUCUUUUCAAAAUGUAGACGAUUCUAGUUUUUCUAUCAUCCCGAUGGAACAAACAGAAAUUCAGGAUGUUGAACUCUCAAAGGAUGGAAAGUUAUUGUUGGAUGAUGCGUUGGCAGAAGUCGAUCGAAAGAAUCAAGAUGAGAAAACACUGGAAAAUCCUGAAUCAAUCGAACUUGAAAACAUCACAGCCCUAAUGGAACCGCCAAAUCCAUUCACCGAUGUUUUGAACUCACUAAAAAGAGAAGACUCCGUGGAGUUACAAGAUCCAACAAUAGUGGAAAUUGAUUUGAAUUUGGAAAAGUAUUCAGAAAAUAUAUCUCAAGUCUGUGAAGACGUCAAGGUGAGUUGUGGGAAAAGAUGUGAAUUGAAUGUUAUUCUUCAGGAAGUUCAACUAAAAAUUAACCAAGAUCUUCGCUCCAAAUCUGAAAACACUGUUUGGAAGGAAAUCAAAGAUUCAGAUGAAAGUUUUGUUGAGAAAGACGAGGAGUUCGAGGCGAAACUGGAAAAACAAAAAAGGGUACAUCAAGAGAAAUUGGAAGAGGCUAAAAGAAAAAGAGAAGAGAAACAAGUAAGCCGAAUGUUAAAAACGUAUGAUAUCAGUUUUAAAUUAACUUCCAGAAAGCGUUCCAAAAAGAGCUUGACGAAAUUCGGAAAAGACAAAAUCAAUGCCAGGAAUGUGAAACAGUUCAAAAAAGUGCCAGAAGAAAUGGAAGCUGGAGAAGAAGUUAUACAACUCAACAAAAGAGUGUACAUAUUAUUGGACAUUUUAUUCAACUCAUUCAAUCAACUAGGAAAUAUAAUCCUAAGUUCUCCAGAUGCCAUUUUCCUUCAAGUUCUGCAGAAAUGCAUUUGUGAGCAUGUCCAAAUUCUUCAUAAAAUUCUGGAUAAGACUGAAGAGACCCAAUUUGAUCAUAGCUGGUAUCUGAAGCUGUGUGACUUGUUUUCCUCUCUUAAAUAUGCCGAAAUCCCAACCACAAAGUCAUUGAGGAAAAUCUGCCAGGAUUGUUUUGAAAUCGAAAACUUGAAAUUUCCGGAAAGAGAGAUUAAAAGUUCUGUGGCUGUUAUUGAAGUGUUGGAGGAAUCAAAUACAUAUGACAAAGAUGAAUCGGAUAAAUUGCCGACCUAUGAAGCCACCUGCAAAACUUCUAGAAAAAGCAGAAGCCAUCGAUCAAAGAGUAGAGAUUCUAGAAAGGUUGCGGAACUGUUGAUUACGACGGAUAUGAUUACUUGUUUCAAGAGCUGCAUUGGUCAGAAAAACUACAAACACUUUUUCGAUAAAUACAAAAGAACUCUGUGCAAGGAUCUUGACAAUUUCACCAGUUUUAUAGUGGAAAAUGAAACAAGUAUGGUAAUUGCUCAGAAUAUAAGAAACUUGGCUAAAUAUUUGGAACAUUUUGAUCCGAAGUACCCGGGAAACGAUGUGAGAAGAACAAUUGGACUUGGGAGUGUUAGCGAAAAAAAUUCGAGAAGAAAUGAAAGAUGCUAUUCUGAGAAUGAAAGAAGAGAUCCAUUCAAAAUCAAUAACUCAGUUGAAAUGCUCAAAGUCAUACCAGAAAUUUUGAAGACAUCAAUCAUGAUGCUCAAACUCAAUUUUUUCAAUCUUCGCGAAUCGAAAACAUUUGACCAUAAUUUGAACGGCAGUCAUUCAAAUAAUUGGACGUUUGAAAAUGGAACGAGUGAUUUUUCAAUUGUCACCAGGGAUAUCCCUACGGCAAACAACUCGACAAUACUGUCAUCUGUCGAUUUGGGUAAUCGCGGAGAAACUGAAGUUGGAACGAUUGAUGCACGGGCCUGCCAAGCUUUGAACAAUUUACGACCACCGACACCAGACGAACAAAAAUCCAUUCAAAUGGUCGCUGAACUGUUGAUUUCUAAGGAUAUGAUUACUAGUUUCAAGAGCUGCAUUGGUCAGGUUUGUGUCGUUUUCCUGGUUAUUCUUACCGUUUGCCUAUAUUUACAGAAAAAUUACAAACCCUUCUUCGAUAAAUACAAAAGAACUCUGUGCAAGGAUCUUGACAAUCUCCCCAACGUAAUAUUGAAAAAUGAAACAAGUAUGUCAAUUGCUCAGAAUAUGAGAAAAUUGAUUAGACACUUGGAAAAUUUCAAUCCUCAGUACCCGGGAAAUAGUGGCCAAGGAACAUAUGGAGCUGGAAGUGUGAGAGAAACAAUUAACGAUGAUAUGAAGGAUGCAAUUUUGGGAAUGAAUUGGGAUUCUUUUUAUGAAAAAUAUAUUCCAUAUGUCGAUGAAAUUAUUGAUGCAGCUCGGGAGCAGAAAGUGAUUUUUGUGUGCAUCGAACAUGAGAGCUGCUGGUAUCCAAAUGUAAUAAACGAGAUUUCAUUUUCUUCAAGACUGAGUUCAGAUGCUGAUACGAACAGCGAAACGACUUCAGACAAAGAACUUGAUGAAACGAAUUCUGGCGGGAAUGAAGCUGGAAAUAACUCAAAUUCAUCUGAUACAGACCCUGAUCGAUGUGUUGAAACUGAAGACGUGCACCGAAAACCGGAAACGAUGAAAACGGAAAUCCAAGCUGAUUUGGAAUCUUACAAGAACCACAUUGAUACGCAAAUAGAAAACUUUGAGGCGGCAAAAAACGAUUUGAAAAAAGAAAUGGAACAGAAAGUAGUCCAGCUUGAGUCUGAAAUCAAGUGCUCAUUAUCCAAAACUACUGAUGCCAAUCAACAGAAAGUAGAUGAACUUCAAAACGAAAUUCAGCAGAAGAUGGAUGAUCUGAAACUGUACCUGGAGGAAAAGAUAGAGAAUCAUGUCACGAUAUUGAAGGUUCGUUUUUUCAACAAAAUGAAAAAACAAAUUAUAAAGUUUCAGCAAGUGGUCUCUGACAAUUUGAAGGAGCUUGACUCAAAAAUUGAGGAAAAAGUUGAGAAAAAGUUCGAAGAGUUACAAAACGAACUUCGAACAAGGAAAGAAGAAUCGGACAGGGAGCUUGAAGAGAGGUUGAAACAAAUGAUAGCUGUAACAGUUGAAAAGAGACUCGAGGAAAAGUUUGAAGAAAUGCGAAAUGAGAAGAAUGAAUCCGAAAGGAAAAUUAGAGAGAGGUUUGAGAAAGCAAGUGGUAGAUCACAAGCGCAGAAGGAUUCGAGCAUGAAUUCUGAGACAUCUGAAGUUCCUGAUGGGGAAGAAAUAAAGUCAGAGACUUCGGGUGGAAGCGUGGAUGACGAUCAGCAUGGUUCAGGAAGUUCGAUCUCGGUGGAAACCACGCCAGCAGCGAAUGGAGAAGAACACGUUGAUCAGCAAAUCAAUGAGCAAGAACAAGAUCCGGAAGGAACGGAGCAAGACCAUGUAUCGGAUGUAUCAGAAGGAUCGAUCUCGGUGGAAAGCAUAACAGCUAUUGGAAUGAAACGCAUUGCUCAGGAAGUCAGUGAUCUAGAUGUAGAACCGGAUGGUGUCAAUCAAGAUCCACAGGGUUCUUCAGAAGAAAGCGAGGAAGAAGAUAUUGAACAACUGUUAGCGAAACAAAACCAAUUUUAUGAAGAAAAAUUUAAGAAGAUUAGGGAUUCACGAAUUCAGAAAAAAAAGACAUUAUUCUAUUCUUUCCAGCAAAAGGAAGAGGAAGAACUUGAAGAAAUGGCUGCAAACAUGAGAGCUCGCAUAGCAAUACUUGUGAUCAUUCUUGUGUCUCUUCUUCUCUACUCUUUUUUGUCCCCAAUAAAUUAUUAUUUUCUGAACAAAAUGGUUGUUUAUCUGGACCUCACCGAGAAAACUAUUGGUUGUUUUAACGAAUGUGCCAAGAAGUUUUUGUUUCAGGGAAGUUAUGCUAAGUUUGUUGACGAGAAUCGAAAGUUCAUCAGAACGUUGAGUGAGAAUUUGAAAAAAGUGAAGUUUCCUGUGAAUGAAAAUAUAGCUGAUAUGGUAUCACAAAACUGCAAAUUUUACUUUGACUAUCUGACGAAAUGGAAUCCAAGGGACCCUCCUGCAGUUGUCCCCGGAACAACUCUCCUGGAAAGAUAUACUCCAUGCUUUGUAAAUGAUUUGAAACAGGCUAUAUCCACUAGGGUGAUUUUCGAAAGAGUUAUGUACAAAAAACAAGUGGUGUUUCAGAACUGGGACAAGUUUUACUUGGAAUACUAUCCAACCGCUGACUUUAUAAUAAACGAGGCAAGAAAGCAAGGUGUACUCGACUUUCAAGUUCAGAAGGGAUCAGGAUCAUACGAAUCGUUCCAUGAACGAGAUUUCGUAGUUAGAAACUUGAAGCUAAUUACGAAUGAUGCGAUCAGAGUAUAUCCGAGCACUCCACUGGAAACUGAAAAUUCAGGAGAAUUAAACGAAUCAAGAUCCAAAGUGAACAGUCCCAUUGCCACAGAUUCAGUGACCAACAACUCAGACGACUUUGUGCUUGAUAAUUCAACAAACAGUCUUCAAUGGGAUGAAGAUCAAUCGUUGGGUGAUAUUGAUCGAAGAAUAAAGCUGCAUGUAGAUGAGAUGAAACAAACAUUUCAAAAAGAUUGCGAGGAAAAUGUGGAGAAAUUCAUGCUGGAAAUCAAAGACUCAGUGAGCUAUAUGAUUGAAACAAAUGAGGCGAAAAAGACAGAGUUAGAAAGUAAACGGAAUCAGGAGAUGAAUGAUCUCAAAUUGUGGUUAGAAGAGAGAACAGAUGUGAGGGCAGCAGCUAUUGAAAAGAAAAUCUAUAAAAAAUUCGAGGAGCUACAAAACGAACAUAACGAAUCAAACAGGAAAAUAAACGAAAAAUUGAGCAGCUUGUUUGAAAAAUUGAAUCGAAUGAUGCUCAGCACAACCACAAAAACUCCCGAAGCAACCAUCGAGACGUUAGAUCAAGAGCAAAGAAAUGAUCCCAUUUUGAAUGGAACAAUAAUUGAAAACCAGAAUGUUUCAAUUGCAAAGUUGGAAAGCAUACCAGAAACCGAUUCACAUCAUGACAAAGAUCACGUUGAAGGAGAAGUCAAUGAGCGAGUUGACAAUUCAGACAGAGCGAACCAAGACCAGCAGAUCUAUGAGCGUUCUGAAGUUUCCGACCAAGUUCCACAAGUUUCUGGGUAUGAUAGUGAGGAAGAAAACCAUCAACGACGUUUAGCGGAACAGAACCGAAUUUAUGGAGAAAAACUGAAAACAAUCAAAGAGAGAAGAAACCAGUUGAACAAGGAGGCUACUAUAGAAAAUGGAGAGAUUUCCGAACGGAUUUCCAGGAACGCGGCUGGCCGGUACUCGGUUCAUUGA